AUGAGAGAAUCUCGACGCAGCUUCCUCGUUCCUGCAGUGUGCCUAAAAGUGAGAAUUCCUUGCGGCAAAGAUGAGAUGGGAAAUCUGUUAUCUCGGUCUCGCAACCGCAGCAAAAGUGGAAGCAGCACAGGCGCACGGGACUCUGGCGCGGGCUCGGUAAGCCGUGCCUCGCCAAGCUUGCUUUCGUCUUCGUUUCACAAAUCUACAGGCGGAGGCGCAGGAGGCAUGUCGUCCAGUAGCAGCUGGGUUGACAAGAGGAAAAAGUACGGAUAUAUCCCUGAUACCUUCACCUCCAUCGAUCAGCUUGAAUCAGACUUUGAAGAUGACGACAUAACCAACUUGGAAAAUAUCAAAUUACCAACAACCAAAAGGGUGACGGCGGCCUUGAGAGAAGCUGGUUUGGAGUCAUCUAAUUUAAUUGUUGGAAUUGACUUUACAAAAAGUAAUGAAUGGACAGGGAAAGUUUCAUUCAACAACCGCAGCCUGCAUGCAGUUGGUGAUGUGCCUAAUCCAUAUGAGAAAGCAAUAGCCAUCAUUGGGAAGACUUUGGCCCCUUUUGAUGAAGACAAUUUGAUACCUUGUUUCGGGUUUGGGGAUGCAACUACACAUGAUCAGGAGGUGUUUAGCUUUCACAAUGAUCACUCUCCUUGCAAUGGUUUUGAAGAAGUUUUGGCUUGCUAUAAAAGAAUAGUUCCAAAUUUACGAUUAUCUGGACCAACAUCUUAUGGACCAGUGGUGGAUGCUGCAGUUGAUAUAGUGGAAAGAAAUGGUGGACAAUACCAUGUUCUAGUGAUUAUAGCUGAUGGCCAAGUUUCAAGAAGUGUAAAUACGAAUGAAGAGGAACUCAGUACCCAGGAAGAGAAAACAAUUAACUCAAUUGUAAACGCAAGUUUUUAUCCUCUCUCAAUUGUUCUUGUUGGCGUUGGUGAUGGUCCCUGGGAAGAUAUGAAAAAAUUUGAUGACAAAAUUCCUGCUCGUGAAUUUGACAAUUUCCAGUUUGUAAAUUUCACGGCUAUCAUGUCCAAGAACUCAUCACCGUCUGGAAGAGAGACAGCCUUUGCCCUUGCCGCACUCAUGGAGAUUCCCAUCCAAUAUAAAGCAACAAAAGAAUUUGGUAUAUUAGGACGAGUGACCGGUAAAGCAAAGAAAGUAGUUCCUCGACCUCCACCUGUACUGUACACUCGCCAAACUGGAUUUCCAGCACGAGAGCCCAGCACUGUUUCUGCUAUGCAAGAUGACCAAAAUCAGGUCUGUCCAGUUUGCCUAACCAAUGGAAAAGACAUGGCUUUUGGUUGCGGACACAUGUUUGUCGACGACGUAUCACAAGCCGACUCAGGCUAUACACUUGACAAUAGCCAUUUCCAG